GAGGAACAGCGAGACGAGAGUGGAGGAAAGAAAGUCGGUGACAAAACAUCGGGAGAGGGAAUCUCACUCAAGCCUCUCGCUGAGGUUCACUCACCACAUGUCAAAGUGUUACGAGCGCACCGAUUCGAAAUGAAGGAAUGAAAUGCAGACGCGUACGUGACAGAACUCCACUCGGACGGCCUCUUAUGUAAACUCAAAACAAGUCGCUGCUUUCACGCGAGUAUGCCGGGACUACGGAACCCCCCGCGCUGCUGACUCCAACGGGACGGAAUUCCGCUGCUGGGGAACGAGCUGCUCCAACCGGAGCCAGGAACCCGAGAACGGGGACCGGACGGUCAGGAGGAUUUUGAAGUGAUUUCAAGUCUAACGGUUCGGAUCAAAAUAAAACAGUUCACUUAUUUAACCAGAGGCAUCGCUAACCAGGCGAAGCCUGACGGAAAGUUGGGCUCGAAAACUAAAUUUCUGUUGGGAGGCUCUAGGCAGACGGGCAGUUAGGCCGCCUGCACUUUUGGCCCAGAGGAAUCCGGGAGUCCGGUCGUCAUGAAGACUCCGGGAGACUCGGGCGUGGCGUUCCCAGACUGGGCGUACAAGGCGGAGUCGAGCCCGGGCUCCCGUCAGAUCCAGCUGUGGCACUUUAUCCUGGAGCUGCUGCGGCGUUCCGAGGAGUUCCGUGACGUCAUCGCGUGGCAGGGCGACUACGGCGAGUUCGUCAUCAGGGACCCCGACGAGGUGGCGCGACUCUGGGGCGCACGCAAGUGCAAACCGCAGAUGAACUACGACAAGCUCAGCCGCGCACUCAGGUAUUACUACAACAAGAGGAUCCUGCAUAAGACUAAAGGGAAGAGAUUCACCUACAAGUUCAACUUCAACAAACUGGUGCUCGUCAACUACCCGUUCAUAGACAUGGGAUCUGCAGGUGUUCCCCAGAGUGCUCCCCCGGUGCCCAGCGGCGGUGGUUCCACACACACACACUCACACUCACACACACACUUCCGCUUCCCCCCGUCGUCGUCGUUGUCGUCGUCGUCGGCGGCGGCGACCGCGUGUGACCUGGCGUCCCCGGCCGAGGCGGAUGGUGGGCGGAGCCCCGGGGGGUUCGGAACUCUGGGGCGUCGCCUGGCGUGUAGCUCCGCCCCCGACUGCAGCGACGGGGCGUCGGCCAACUCUGAGGUGGACUCUGAGGGGGUCCUGGGUGCGCACCCCCACCCGCGGCUAUCCCACGAUGCCCUGCUGCGCUCGGCCUACGGCGCCGGACAUCACGGACAACACGGCUCAUCGGCGGGUCACUCCUCGCGCGGCCGGCCCCCUCCUCCGUCGUCGUCGUCCGAGCCGCUCUCUCCAUUCCGAGUGUCUCCGCUGCCCGCGGGACUCCUCCCCCCCCCGCCCCCCCUCUCCCCCUCCCCCCUGUCACUCACGCCUGGAGCUCCGCCCCUCACCUAUAGCCCCUCCCCCUCGCCCCUGCUGAGCUCCUCCCACUUCUCGUUCAGUGCGGAGGAUCUGCAGCGCCUCCUGCAGGCUCAAGCGCAGAGCGUGUACAACUACCACCUGAGCCCCCGCGCCUUCCUCCACUACCCCCACCACCUGCUCUUACCCCACCUGGGGGCAACCGCCGCCCACCUGCCCCACACACACACACACACACACCAGCAGCGCUCACACCACUCCCACUCCGCUCACGCCCCCCCGCUCGCACACACACACCCACACACACACCCACACCCACACACACUCUCCCACGCGCUGCAGCAGCUGGGGGAGGACUACACACACUCCUCGGCGGGCGGGACACACACCUCGUCCCACAACAACACACACUCCUCCUCGUCCGCCCCGUACAAGUUCAAGCUGCAGCCUCCGCCGCUGGGCCGCAAGAUGCGCGAGGGCGGCCGUCAGGGGUCACUCUCGUCCAGCUCCACCUCCGGCCUGGGGUCGUCGCUAGGGUCGUCGCUAGGGUCGUCUCUGUCCUUCGGCAGCGACCUCAGCUCGGCCUCCGGAUCCGGACUCAUCUCCCAGUCCUCCUCCACGGGCUCCCUGAACAGCGCCGGGCUGCCCAAGAUCAAGGUGGAGCCGAUCUCAGACAUCGAGUCGGAGGAGGAGGUGCAGGUGACGGACGAGAGCGACGAGGAGGCCGACGAGGACGAAGACUUCAAGCCCUUCUCCUCUUCCUCACACCACCACCACCUUCAUCACCACCAGCAGCACCAGCAUCACCAUCAUCAUCAUCAUCAUCCUCAUCAUCAUCAUCGUCCUCACCUCGCACGCCCGCCCCAUCGCCAUGCCAACGGCAGCGGCAGCGGUGGCCACGACGAGGACCCUGACGAGGAGGAGGACGUCUUCAAAGCCCCCGCGCCCCCGCUCCCGCCCCACACACACACACACACACACACACACACACACACACACACGCCCCCCCUCCCGCCGCUGAAGAGCGAGCCGCUUGACCCCCCCGUGACCCCCGUGACCCCUGUGACCCCCCCGCCGCAGGGCCAGUGCAUCCCGCUCAAGCUGCGCUUCAAACGGCGCUGGACGGAGGAGCAGAGGAUGGAGUGCAGCAGCAGCAGCAGCAGCAGCAGCCAGACACACACACACACACUCACACCUCACACACACCUCACACACACACACAUACUCACUCAGGACGACAGGAAGGUAGCGAGGGAUAGGGAGAGGGAGAGGGAGGAGGACGACAAGAAGCCCCCCGGCCCUGGAGCGAGGGAGAGAGAGAGAGAGAGGGAGGAGGAGGAGGAGGGGGAGGACCUGGGGGGGCAGCGUGGGCUCAAUCCCCCCUCAGCCCUCAGCGUCGGCAAGGGAACCACGGACCUGCACCGGGCUACCGCACAACUCUCUCUGGAGAACAGGGACUACUGAACACACACACACACACACACACACACACACACACCUGCACCGCGCUACGGCACAACUCUCUCUGGAGAACAGGGACUACUGAACACACACACACACACACACACACACACACACACACACACACACCUGCACCGCGCUACGGCACAACUCUCCCUGGAGAACAGGAACUACUGAACACACACACACACACACACACACACACACACACACACACACACACACACACACACAUACGAACACACACACACACACACACACACACACACACACACACACAUACACAUACACACACCAGCUCCGACCUCUACCACACUAUAGCACAGCCCUCUCUGGAGAACACACACACACACACACACACACAUACUCUCCCACACGUACACUCAAACUCUCACAUACACAUACACACUUACAAACUCUAGCUGUGGACUGCUGACGUAUCCCACACACACACACACACACACACACACAGAUCAACACUGACACCAGAGGAUACUCUGGGCAAUCUACUCCCAACUGUGUGUGUGUGUGUGUGUGUGUGUGUGUGUGUGUGUGUGUGUGUGUGUGUGUGUGUGUGUGUGUGUGUGUGUGUGUGUGUGUGUGUGUGUGUGUGUGUGUGUGUGUGUGUGUGUGUGUGUGUGUGUUAGAGAUAGAGAGAGCAGUAACUGGAAGCUUCAGAGAUCUUGGAGAUGGCUCAUCCCCCCCACCUUCCAACACCUCAGGAGUCCUGAUGCUCGACCUCUGACCCUGACCUUGACCUUUGACCCUGACCUCUUGACCCCUGACCUUUUGACCUUGACCCCUGACCCCUGGGCGUCAGUCUAUUUUUGUAAGUGGACUUGACUGUGAAGUGCCUGGACCCUCUCACCCCGACUCUGAGAGGCUACCAUCUGGUGAAACACUGUCCCCUACACACACACACACACACACACACACACACACACACACACACACACACACACACUUUCUCAGGCUACUCACUGCCCCCUCACUCCACCUGACGGAUCACCAGCGAGACUCACCUGCCGUUCACCUGAAGCCCCUCCCCCAGAGCCAGCAGAGACUGGGAUUGGACAGCUGAACAGUCUUCGCGGUAACAGUGGAACUUUGUUGUGGUGGAGGCGGGACAUUCUGAUCAGAUGACCAGUGACAAGGCUGUUAGCUCCGCCCAUUCAUCCUGUAGACUUUCAUCAUGUUAAUUAAACACACACACACACACACACACACACACACCACUGCCUUUAACUCUACUACACAUUUCCUCUUGUCCUCCUGUCCCACCAGCAUGGCAGAUACAACCUCUGACCCCAAUCUCAAACCCAGGGAGGAUUCUGGGAAGUGUAGUUCAUCUGUCAUCCUAUGCCUUGUUUUUAUAGCAUGUGAAAACUGGACCCAAACCCAUGACCUGUAACACGUAAACAAACUACUCCCCCAUGUAAACAGAUGUAACCAUGUAAACAAACUCUCGUAUAGCUACUCUGUAGAAGUAGAGCUGGAGCAUUUAUGGACUCAACCAUUCAGGGGGGGUUCGGGGUGGGCUUUUGGGCGGAGCAUAUGGACUGAACCAUUCAGGGUUCUGGGCAUUCUGUUUGGGAAUUGUGCUUUGUGUUUCCCGGGAGACGAGAUCAGAGUCCACAUCAGCAGUGGAGUGCUGGAGAGAGGAGGUGGACAUCACUCCCUCUCUCCCUCUCUUCUCUCUCUCUCCAUCUCUCCCUUUCUCUCCCUCUCUCUCCCUCUCUCUCUCCUUCUCUUUCUCUCCAUCUCCCUCUCUCUUCUCCCUCUCUAUCUUUCUCUCCCUCCCUCCCUCCAUCUCUCUCUCUCUCUCUUUCUCUCUCUCUUUCUCUCUCUCUCCCUCCCUCCAUCUCCUCUCUUUUCCUCUCAGGAUCUCUUUCUCCUGCUCGUCUUAUGCACUCUGGUCUGACCUGUCAAUCAUGUUUGUUGCCGGGGGUGACGACUCUGAAAACAUUCUCAGGCUGUGCUUAGGUGUUUCUGUCAGAUUACACACACACACACACACACACACACACACACACACACUCAGAAUGAGGAUGUGGGGUCCACAAACACAGACACACACGCACGCACGCACACACACACACACACACACACACACACACACACACACACACACACACGCACACACACUCACUCAGGUUGAGAAUGUGGGGUCCACACACACACACGCACGCACACACACACACACACACACACACUCACUCAGGAUGAGAAUGUGGGGUCCACACACACACACACACACACACACUCAGGUUGAGAAUGUGGGGUCCACAUACACACACACACACACACACACACACACACUCAGGUUGACAAUGUGGGGUCCACAUACACACACACACACACACACACACACACACACACACACACUCAGGUUGAGAGUGUGGGGUCCAUGUUGGUUCCCUGAUCCCAGCUAUCCCACUCACACUGUUCAGAAACAUUGUCAUCGAUGUUUGUUUAUUAUUAUUAUUAUUAUUAUUAUUAUUAUUAUUAUUAUAAUUAUUAUUAUUGUUAUUAUUAUGACUGCGAGCCCCUCCCUCCUGUACCGUCUCGUCUCGUUCAUUUGUCUGUCUGCUGUGUGUUACACAAACAUCCCAUAAUAUGACCCCAGCAGUGGCCAUGGCAACGGCUG